UCGCAAGCCAGUAUUGAUAUCUUCAAACGGAACAUCACGGUUGAGGAUAAUGCUGUCACAUCUGCUAUCCACCUGACCUUGCGGCCAUCCUUACUUCCAAAUGCAUUGGUUACAAUUCUCUUUUUCUUGUGGGGCUUUGCAUACGGCCUGCUAGAUAUGUUGAAUUCCCAUAUCCAAACUGCUCUCAAUAUCACCGCUAGCAAAUACAGUGGCUUGCAGGCUUCAUACUUCGGUGCCUACUUCAUCUGUCCGCUCACCAUCUCUAGAUGGACAGCCCGCAAGUAUGGAUUCCGAGUCACUUUCACUCACUUUCUCGCCGUGCUUGCAGUCGGAUGUCUCCUCUUCUGGCCCAGUAGCGUGAAGAAAUCAUUUGGCGGAUUCUGCGGUAGCAUGUUUGUACGUGAAAAGAACCUUGUGGCCCAUAUCGCUCUAACAUCUCACCAGGUUGUUGGCGCUGGGCUAUCCACCCUAGAGACGGCAGCCGAUCCUUUCCCUUCCAUUUGCGGACCCCCGAAAUACAGCGACAUUUGUCUGAAUUUAGGCCAAGCCGUCCAGGGAGUAGGAACCUUUGUUGCGCCUCUUUUGGCCUCUCGUGUGUUCUUUGCCAAUACUGUGGACGACGAUGCCGGGUUAAAAAUUGCAAUGGACAUAUCUUGGAGUGGCUUGUUUCGUCGCCCUGCUCAUCAUCCUCUUCUGGCCAACUCCUUUUUCCGCGAUCACAGAUGCAGACCAAAGAAGCAUUGGAAGCACAAAUUUUUGAUCACGGCGAAGACAGCGGCCCGUUCAAAAAGCAAUAUAACUUGUUCUUUGGAGUUUGGAGUCAAUUUUGUUAUGUGGGAGCACAACCAAAUUAUCUUAGCGGACUUGCUUGCCAUUGCGCAGUGUCUCUAUGCUUUCAACCGCUUUGUCUGCUACCGGCUUGAUGACGAUGAAGGCUUUCAAGCCUCGGUACAUACUGACAGUUUAUUUGAUUCUCUGCAUCAUCUUUACGAUAGCUGCCAUGACUACAAAAGUUUACUAGUGGCAAUGAUCAUUUUUGUUCUGUGCUUUGAAUCGGUGAGUAAUGUGACAUACGACAAAUUAUCAAAAGACAUUAUAACUAACGGGGUCAUUCACCAGUGUUGCUUUGCAACCAUCUUUUCCCUUGCUUUUCGUAGUCUUGGCCGUCAUACAAAGCGCGGUGGAUCCCUUCUUGUCGCUGCGAUUUCUGGUGGCAUAGUGUUUCCUCCCAUGAUGGGGGCUAUCGUGACGAAUCAAAACGCCCAUAUUGCCAUGGCAAUCCCGAUGAUGGGCUAUAUUCUCGCAAUGGCUUUUCCUAUAUAUAUGAAUACCUUCAAUAAAGAUGUCAUAGAUGGUCACCGGAAUACUGAGCUCAACGUUACUGUACCAGUGGAGAAGGACAUCGCUCUCGAAGAAGGCUCCAAUGGAAAGCCCACAGCUGCGAUAGUCGGAGCCACUGAAGAUACAACACACAAUGCUUGA